UACAGUGUACCCGAGUAACUGUAGGGGGCAUGCUAUUACAUAAAAAUUCCAAAUUCAUUUACUAUAUAAACGCAUGGGAUAUUUUGUUGCUGUAGAGUGUGCUGAGUGAAAGGUCGAAGACAAAGCCAGCGCCUUUCGUAGCAUCGCCUGAUUUUACCUCAGUUCUUUCUCUUCUUCUCCUUCAGAAACUUAAAAAAUGGCCGAAAAUGAUUCGCUCUCAGACUUCCUCGCAUCUGCUAUUGAUGCAGCGAAGAGAGCUGGCGAGGUAAUCCGUAAGGGGUUCUAUCAAACUAAACAUGUGGAGCAUAAAGGCGUGGUAGAUUUGGUAACCGAAACUGAUAAGACAUGCGAAGAUCUCAUCUUCAGUCAUCUCAAGCAGCUUUACCCCACACACAAGUUCAUUGGUGAAGAAACUAGUGCUGCAUUUGGUACUGUGGAUCUGACUGAUGAACCGACAUGGAUAGUUGAUCCGCUGGAUGGAACCACUAACUUUGUCCAUGGGUUUCCCUUUAUGUGUGUUUCCAUUGGUCUUACAAUUGGAAAGGUUCCUACAGUUGGUGUUGUUUACAAUCCAAUAAUGGAUGAGCUUUUCACUGGCAUACGUGGAAAAGGUGCUUUUCUCAAUGGAAACCCUAUAAAAGCAUCAUCUCAAACUGAACUUGUGAAGUCUCUCCUUGCAACUGAGGCUGGUACUAAACGUGAUAAGCUGACAUUGGAUGCUUCUACAAACAGGAUCAAUAGCCUACUUUCCAAGGUGAGAUCCAUUCGGAUGUGUGGCUCUUGUGCAUUAAAUCUCUGUGGGAUUGCAUGUGGAAGGCUUGACCUAUUUUUUGAAAUCGGCUUUGGGGGUCCUUGGGAUGUCGCAGGCGGUGCUGUGAUUGUACAAGAAGCCGGAGGAGUUGUAUAUGACCCAUCUGGUAAAGAUUUUGACAUCACAGCCCAGCGAGUAGCAGCUUCGAACCCUUUUGUCAAGGAUGCAUUUGUUGAGGUUUUACGACAAUCCGAAUGAGAGAACACAAACUGAUUGUUGAAACCUGGGAUACAGUUUAUUUGGUAUAGUUUAGUUUGAUUCCCAUGUUCCAAAAAGUAGUUGCAACAUGUUUUUUACGAUUCCAUCAUGUUCCAUUUGCUGAGUGAUGUUUAAUAAAUACAACGAUUCCUCAAAUUCGCGGGGCCUUUUCCAGUGCCAAAUCAGUUGAGAUGGCAACUCGCACUAUUGAAUAUAUAUUCCCUUUAAAUUA